GGGAGGGCCGGGCCGUGCCCGACACAGAGCGAAAGGGAAAGCCACAGCCCGGCCUCCUUCCCCCUGCCCGAGCGGGGCGGAGCGGCCUCCGCCGCUUCCCGGUCCUGGGCUCCGGCCGCGCCCGCUCGGCGCUGCCCCGACCCCGGGAGCCAUGAGCGGCUCCGGGCCAGAGGAGGAGGAGGCCGGGCUGCAGGAGGCCCGGCUGCAGGAGGCCGAGAGGGACUGGGCGGCGGCCAAGGCGUUCUACGACAACCUGGUCUCCAAAAGACCCCGGCCGCCCAAGCCCCAGCACGCCAUCACCGUGGCCGUGUCGUCCCGAGCUCUCUUCGACCUGGUGGAGGAGCGUCGGAUCUACGAGGAGCAAGGGGUGGAGAAGUACGUGGAGUACCAGCAGCAAAACGAGAACGUCACCCUCAAGCCCGGACCGGCUUUCCACUUCGUCAAGGCACUGGAGCAUGUCAAUGCCCGGCUUCUUGAGCUAUACCCUGAUGAUGAAGAAAGAUUUGAUAUUGUUCUGAUGACUAAUAACCAUGCCCAAGUGGGAGUGAGGCUUAUAAACAGCAUUAAUCACUACGGCUUAACAAUUGAACGCUUCUGCAUGACAGGAGGAAAAAGCCCUAUUGGUUACCUGACUGCGUAUCUUACCAAUCUAUACCUCUCAGCAGACUCUGAAAAAGUGCAAGAAGCUAUAGAAGCAGGCAUCGCAUCAGCUACCAUGUUCACUGCCAACAAGGAUGUUGCUUAUUCGGAUACACAGCUGAGGGUGGCAUUCGACGGGGAUGCAGUUCUCUUUUCUGAUGAAUCGGAACAGAUUGUCAAAGAACAAGGAUUAGAUAAAUUUUUUGAACACGAACAGCUGAAUGAGAAUAAGCCUCUUGCACAGGGUCCUUUGAAAGGCUUUCUGGAAGACCUAGGGAAACUCCAGAAGAAGUUCUACGCAAAAAAUGAACGAUUAAAUUGUCCAAUAAGGACCUUUCUGGUCACAGCCAGAAGUGCAGCAAGUUCUGGAGCCCGAGUCCUGAAGACUCUUCGUAGCUGGGGUCUGGAGAUUGAUGAGGCGCUGUUCUUAGCAGGAGCUCCUAAAGGACCGAUCCUGGUGAAAAUACGUCCUCACAUUUUCUUUGAUGACCAGAUGUUUCACAUAGAAGGAGCACAGAAAUUAGGCACCAUAGCUGCACACGUUCCCUAUGGCAUUGCUCAGAAAUACCAAAAAUCUGCGUGACUGGAUGGCACCAUCAAAGAUAAGGUUCUUAACUCAGCCAGCCUCUAAUAUACCAAUAGCUCUUUCUGAAAACCUCUAUUUGUGUACUAUAAGCACUUUGUUGAAAGAUUUGACUUCUGGCUAGAACAACCUUUAGAGGAAAUAUUUUUAAUAUUGUUCAGUUUUUAACAGAGUUAUUUUAAUAGCACUCUAAAGCAGUUUAGUUUUUUGUUUGUUUGUUUGUUUGUUUACCUGUUUGGAUACAACACUGUGUUUUUGAUAUUAGGGAAAGAUUUGUACUGGUUUUAUAGUUUGAAACAGAGACAGAGCAGUUAUAUUUUUUCUAAAAAGUUGCUAAUGGGCUAUUUAAAAGAAAAAAAACAUACUGCAUAUAUAGCCCUUACUGUUUAUUUCUGAAAUUACCAAAACCACAGUUUGCCUAUAUGUUGUUACGUGUUGGUGUUUCCUUGGUAGGUAUGUAUUCAGUAGUUUUGUUACCGUGAAGUUUCAGCUUCUACGGGUCUCCAGUGAAAUGUUAGCUUAUUUGAUAUUGUGUUUACAGGAACACUUUAUUUUUCUAUAUUGUUUUCCUACUAUAAUAAAGCUGGCUUUACAGAA